AUUAAAUAUACGUGUAAAAUUUUAAUGAGCUCUCCUUCGACUCUCCUUGACUAUCAACCAAGUAAAUAACCAAGCCCUAACAUAAUAAAAUUGUUAACACAACAUUAAGACUUGUUUCUCAUUUAGAAUUAACAACCCUCUACUUUUGGUGCCUAAUAUCCUUUAAAAUUGGAUGCUAAGGAAAUUCUUAUAGAAGUUUAACCAGAUCAAAAAUUUACACAUCCUAAAUACUUCUAAAAAGAUAAUAAAGUGUAAAAAAUUUCUAAAUAACCUGCUUCUACAAUUUUUGUGGAAAGUGGACUUUGUGAUCCUAAUAAAAAAGCAUGGUUUUACUUAGAUGAAAAUUCAAAAUCAUAAGGACCUCACACUUCUGCAGAAAUUGAUUAAUUGAUAACUAAAGGCACCAUAAAUAUGCAAACUAAAGUUGCUUUAGAAACCUUAGAUAAAUUGGUUAGAGUUGAAAAGAUUGUUUAAGCUAUUAAUAAAAAAAAAGAAGCUGAUUCAAAAUUAAAAGAAGCAUCUAAAUUAAAAUAAGAAGAAGAAAAUUUAUAAAAAUAACUUGAUUCUCCAACUAAAAUUGAAAAAUAAGAAAUAUAAGAAGAACCUAAAGUCCAAUAAUCUAAAUAAAAAGAAGAAUAAGGGAUUGAUUUUGAAAUAGAUUAUUCAAAAAUUAAAUAGAAUAUCGAUAUGGGUUAAUGGGCAAAACCUUUAGUAGCACAACCUAUUCAGGUUAAAGUUACUAAGGCUUAUGUAAAUAAUCCAUAAUAAUCAAAAUAAUAAUCUAAAUAAACAAAUAUGGCAAUAGAAAGAAAAAGAACUGAUAAUAAAAGUAUGCAUGUUGAAGGAAAUAAAGGAAAUUUAUAUUAAAAAAAAGGAUAUGAAAAGUAAAUCAAAAAUUUAUACAUUUAGAUAAUAAGAAGUAAUCUUAGAGGUCAAACCAAAAGAAGAAUCAGAUUAAACAUUCAAUCAAGAAGUUUAAGAUUAUUUACAAAAAUUAGAAGCUAGAAAACCAGCAAAAGUCAAGGAAGAGAUUUAAUAAUAAUCUGAAAAAUUGCCACAACAAUAAAUUUAAGUUCAAAAAUAAUAAAAAUUGAAAACUGAACCACCAAAAUAAGAUUAAAAAUUACAAUCUAAAUAACAAUAAGAUACUUUUGAUAGUGAUAAAGACGAAUGGGAAACUGUUGGAUCAAAAAAAAAUCCAAAAAAAAAAACAGAAUAAUAAUAAUAAAAAUCAACAAUGAAAGCUGACUAAACAACAAUAACUUAGAAAAAAUAAGAGUAAGAAUAAUAAUAAUAACAACAAUAUUAGCAAUAAUAAUAAUAAUAACAACAAUAAUAGCAAUAAUAAUAAUAAUAAUCAAAAGGAGAAGAUGAUGACGAGGAUGAAGAAGGAUGGUAAACUGUUGGAGCAUCAAAUAAAGAUAAAAAAAAACCAGUUAAUAAAAAAAUUUAAUAAAAAAAUUCCAAUAUUCCUGGAUUUGCAGUUGAAAUAAAAACUGAUUCAAUAACUGUUUCAUCAGGUUCGGCUAAGAAACCACCUGCUUAAAAACAAAAAAAACCUGAACCUGUUUAAUAGUAACAACCUUAAUAAUUACAAUAAUAAAUUUAACCACCAAAUCCUCAAACUAAUGAUGAUGAUGAUGAAGGUUGGAUCGAAGUAGAAGUUGGUCAAGCUCCAAAAAAGGUUGCCUAACCCAAAAAAGGAAAAUGACAC